AUGUCUGCACGUGCAGGAUAUGCUAGCUUAAGUCUUACUGUUCGCAAAAUUUGUAUAUUUUCACCAUACUUGCAAGAAGUGAGGCAUUCUGAAGAGGUGAGUCAUAAAUUACUUCUGGGCUGCACAAGAUUCACAGGCGAUGCUGGGAUGACAUUAUCUAUGGUUCUUCCAAUGAUAAUCAAACGGAAGAGACUUCACCCAGAAGUUCUGCCGUCGCAGAAAAAGAAGAAAUCGAAGGUUUCGCCAUGCAAGAGAAGAUUACUGCAGAUAACAAUGGGAUCAUUCUAUCUCCCUAAAGAUGAAGUAUCACUGCCACUUGGGCAAGAUGCCCACUUCGUUUGUCAAGAGCAGCAGACUUUCGGGGUGGCUGAUGGCGUUGGUGCCUGGAAUAUAAGAGGGAUUGACGCAGGUAUAUAUGCACGUGAACUCAUGACAAACUCUCUUAUUGCAUUAUCCGGUUUACCCAAGGAAGCCGUGGUGAAUCCAAAGAAAGUUUUGAAAGAUGCCUAUUCGAUCACUACGGCUCAAGGUUCUUCCACUGCGUGCAUUGUUACUUUGAAAGAUUAUUGUUUACAUGCUGCGAAUGUGGGAGACAGUGGAUUUAUGCAGUUUCGUAACAAGAAAUUUAUAUACCAGUCACCGAUGCAACAACGUUGUUUUAAUUGUCCAUAUCAAUUGGGUAAUGGCGAGAAGAGCGAUCGUCCUGAUAUUGCAGAAGAGUUGAAAGUAAUGGUGGAGAGUGGAGAUAUUGUAGUUUGCGGAAGUGAUGGGUUACUUGAUAAUAUGUUUCCGUCUGAGAUUGAAGAAAUUCUAAAGGGAACAAAAGGAGAAAUAUGUCCAGAGAGUUUAGCGGAGAACAUAGCAAAACAUGCACUCUAUAAUUCGUUCGAUAGAUUAACAGAUUCUCCGUUUGCAAGAGCUGCAAAGAAAGCGAAAUACAAGCACGUUGGAGGCAAAAUCGAUGAUAUUUCUGUAAUCGUUGUGAUAAUUAAACCAGCAGUUUGA